ACAACAACAACAACAACAACAACCAUACCAACGUCCUCCUCCUCAACCAGGAAUGCCAAUGUCACCACCGCUUGCUAACGUCGGUUCACCUGGAUUCCAAGGCUCACCUGUUCCUCGACCGCGUACCAUGUCUCCUCCUGUAGUAGUAGGCACACAGCAGCAGCAGCAGCAGCACUCAGUACCAGGAAGCCCACCACCUGCUACUACACAAAGCCCGACCGUAUCGGCCGGGUCGUCUGCGCCUCAGUCACCCAUCACUGAACAUCAUCGCUCGACGCGAAAGCGAAUGUAUCCCGAGCAAAUCACAAAGGCUUACAUGGAUCAAUCUGCUACUGCAUCAUCGCCUAUGGAUAAUCACUUUUCUCCUGGAUACCAACAACAAUCCUAUCCUCCACAACAACAACAACAACAACAACAACAGCCAAUGCAGAUGCAGAAUUCACCAGUGCCAACAAUGGCUGCUCAAGCAUACCCAGGAACGCAGCAACAACCGAUAGGUGGACAGUUGAACACAUUGGCUGGUCAGUUUGGUGGUAUGAACCUUGCAGGUCCUCCAGCUCAGGCAAAGUCGAUCCCAUUACUCGGAGCUGCGCCCGUUAUCACCGAUUUGAAUGCUCCUGCACCAACCAUCAAUUUACCUCAAAAUUCAUCCAUCACCAACUCACCCUAUGCCAACGCGGAAGAGUCAUUUAAAUGCUGUACUGUCAAUGCUAUUCCUUCCACCGAAUCAGUCUUGAAAAAGUCGAAAUUACCACUUGCUUUGGUUCUUGCACCGUAUAGAACUUCUGAAGGUGAUCAUGAUCAAGUGCCAGUCAUUUCAGAUUCAGUGAUCGCUAGAUGUCGACGAUGCCGUACAUACAUUAAUCCCUAUGUGACUUUUGUGGAAGGCGGUCAACGAUGGAAGUGUAACAUGUGCUUUUUGCUGAAUGAUGUACCUGCCGCUUUUGACUUUGAUAAUGAAACACGACAAACUGCGGAUCGAUGGAAGCGUGCUGAACUGAACUAUGCCUGUGUUGAAUAUGUUGCACCUACCGAAUACAUGGUUCGUCCUCCUCAAGCACCUUCUUACAUCUUUGUCAUUGAUGUAUCCUAUUCGGCUGUACAAUCGGGCAUGGUGGCAACAGCAGCUCGCACAAUCUUGGACUCCUUGGAUCGUAUUCCAAACGACCAAAGGCGCACACAAGUCGGUUUCAUCACUGUUGACAGCUCGCUCCACUUUUACAAUUUGAACCAUACGUUAUCCGAGCCACAGAUGCUGGUUGUGUCGGAAUUGGAGGAUGUGUUCUUGCCCACGCCAUCCCAUUUGUUGGUCAACUUGUCGGAUAGCAGAGAACUUGUUCAGGCAUUCUUGGAAAAGCUGCCCGAUAUGUUCAAGGAGACGGCAAAUGUCAAUAAUGCUCUUGGUACGGCUUUACAGGCAGCGUUUAAGAUUGUGUCUCCUUAUGGUGGUAAGAUUGUUUGCUUGCAAUCGACUUUACCCAACAUGGGCACUGGUGCACUGAAGCCUCGUGAGGAUCCUAAAGUGUUGGGAACACCAAAGGAGACACCAUUGCUCAAUGCUGGUUCGCCGUUCUUCAAGUCGUUUGCUGUGGACUGCUCACGAUCUCAAGUAUCAUGCGACAUGCUUAUUUUUGGUGGACAGUAUGCGGAUGUUGCGACAUUAGGAUGCUUACCACGAUUCACGGGUGGCCAAACCUACUAUUAUCCUGGUUUCCACGCAAGUCGUACUGAAGAUGCCACCAAAUUUGCGCACGAGUUCUCCGAGUUGCUAGCAGAGCAAAUCGGUUUGGAAGCUGUAUUGCGCGUUCGGGCAUCGCGUAACUUGCGUAUGAGUGCUUUCCAUGGAAACUUCUUUAUCCGAUCGACAGAUCUGUUGGCCUUGCCCAAUGUACCCCGUAACCAGAACUAUGUGAUCGAGGUCGCUAUUGAAGACGAACUUCGCGGCCCUACAGCAUGCUUCCAAACUGCUUUGCUUCACACUACGUGUUCUGGCGAGCGUCGUAUCCGUGUCAUCACCUUGUGCUUGCCUGUGACAACCUCUGUACCGGAAAUGAUCGCAAGCAUCAACCAAAGAGCCAUGGUUUCGUAUCUUGCUAACAAAGCAAUCGAACGUGGUCUUACAUCCAAGCUGGAGGAUGCCCGUGAUGCAGUUGUCAACAAGACGGUUGAUAUUUUGGGUGUCUACAAGUCGCAAGUCCUUGGUAUUGGCAAGGGAUCCACUUCACCGCAGCUUACUGUACCUGACAAUCUGAAACUUCUUCCAAUCCUGGCUCUUGCUCUGAUUAAGCAUGAUGCAUUGCGCAAUACCUCACGUCUGCCAAGCGAUGCCAGAUCAAAUGCAAUCAAUCUUGUUCGGACAAUGCCCCUCCAAUUAUUGAUUCCAUUCUUAUAUCCUAACUUGUACGCUUUGCACACGAUGCCACCAGAGGCCGGUGAAAUAUCUGAAAAGGGUGUUGUAUUCCCGCCCCCAUUGAACCUGACGACUGAACGACUCGAACCACAUGGCUGUUAUCUGUUGGAAAAUGGCCAAGAUAUCUUUAUCUGGGUCGGUCGUGGUGUAGUUCCACAAUUGUGCGUUGAUUUCUUUGGCGUCAAGUCAUACGAGCAAUUACACAGCGGCAAGAUGACACUUCCUGUAGUAGACACGGCAAUCAACAGAAAGGCAAACUUGUUGAUUGGCAAGAUACGAGAAAUGCGCCGUGGUAACUACUAUCCAACAGUAUAUAUCGUCAAGGAAGAUAGCGAUCCUGCAUUGAGAUUAUGGUUCCUGGCCCAUUUGGUCGAAGACCGACUUGACGGCUCGAUGGGAUACCAGUCGUUCUUGCAGCACCUUAAAGACAGGGUCAACGCUGGCUCAUUCUAAAGUAAAACCGAGAAAAAAACAACCACAUAUAACUUUUUCUUUCUUCUUUGUCCCCCCCCAACCCUUAUAUUCCUAUUACUUACUUUUUACACGCCACCCUUUCUAAACACAACAACAUACAGCAGCAACAAAAAGAUAAUUGCUCCUUAUAUGCUAAGCAACAAAACAAAUGUAUGCAACAUCUAACGUACAACUAGUCUCUUUUUUUAUUAUAUAACAACACAAUAACACAAUGAAAAAGUAAAACCAACAGAGAUAGAAAUCAUUUUAUUGAAUAA